GAAUAUGUCUUGAUUGGAGCAAAUCAAGGAGCUUAAACUAUUACUAAUUUCCAGGAACAAACAAAGUCGACAGCAAGGUAGGUAUGUAGGUUUUUGUCCUUCCCCAUUUAAAUUAUUCUCUACAUGUAUUGCUGUCUUUUCAGGCUGCAUUGACCAUUACUCCUACCAUCUAUCCCAGACAAACUUCAUCGGAAUGGCUUAUGCUGCUCUUUCUUCACUUAUGCAUACACUGGAGCAACUCUUACAACCUAACCAACGUUUGGUUUGUGGAAGCUGUAUACAACAGCUUGCUGAAUCUGCUUAUCAAAAUCUUUGUGCUUUGCAAGUCUUUCUUGAAAAGGCUACAAAAGAAACUAAUAAUAUUGAAAUUCUGAAGGUUAUAGAAAAGAGGAUCAGAGAUGUAGUCUACAAAGCAGAAGAUAGAGUUGAUUCAAGCCUGAGAAGUGUCAUUCUAGCAGAUAAUGGAGAUGACCGAGAAAGGGCUUGUAGAUCCUUCUAUGAGGAAUUGCAAGAAGUGAAGAAAGGAAUUGAGUCUCUCAAGAAAAAGGUGGUGCAAGAGUUUAACAAGCAUGGAAGAAAAUCUGCAGAGUUAGCAAGAACUUCUUCAUCAUCAAGAAGGUAUGCAGCUGAGCACAAUUCUGUUGUUGGAAUGGAGGAUGACUUCAAUACCAUACUAGAUCGCCUCACCGGACAAACAGAUGAGUUAACUGUCAUACCAAUUGUCGGUAUGGCUGGUAUAGGUAAGUCCACUCUUGCUAGAAAACUUUAUGAUGAUUCAUCUAUUCGUUCGAGAUUUGAUAAACAUGCAUGGGUCACUAUCUCUGAAGAAUACAAUGAAACACAAAUGCUUCGUGAAGUUGUCACCUCAAUUACUGGAAGCAAUCAAGAAAUGAGAAACGAUCAACUGAUGGAGAUUGUGUAUAGAGGUCUGAAGCGUAGGAGAUUUCUAAUUGUCAUAGAUGAUAUUUGGAGUACUGAGGCUUGGGACCAAAUGCGAAGAAUAUUUCCAAAUGAUGACAAUAAAAGCCGAAUUCUAUUAACCACUCGGCUCAAAAAUGUUGCUGAUUAUGCCAGCUGCCCCGAUUUUCCUCCUCACAGUAUGUCUUUUCUAAGUUUCGAAGAUAGUUGGAUUCUAUUUACUGAAAGACUUUUCAGAAAUGAUCCCUAUCCUCCACAACUAGAAGAAAUAGGGAAGCAUAUCGUACACAAAUGCGGAGGAUUACCUCUCUCAAUUGUUGUUGUUGCUGGGCUUCUUGGAAAGGAGCCAACAUAUGAUAACUGGAAGAAAGUUGAGGAAAAUUUGAGCUCAUUCUUUGGUACGGUUUCGGACUUGUGUCAAGUAAUUCUUUCUUUGAGCUACAGUUACUUACCCCAACAUUUGAAGGCUUGUUUUCUCUAUGUCGGAGGUUUUCCUGAAGAUACAGAUAUUCAUGUUUCGAAGUUGAUUAGGCUAUGGAUUGCUGAGCAAUUUGUAAAGGCAAGAAGCAAUAAAAGGUUAGAAGUGGUGGCGGAGGAGUAUCUAGAAGAGUUAAUUGAUAGAAGUCUAAUUUUGGCUGAUCGAAGAAGGGCUAAUGGAAAAAUGAAAACUUGCAAAAUUCACGAUCUUCUUCGGCAACUAUGCAUAAGAGAAGCUCAAAUGGAAAAUGUUUUGCAUGUCAAGAAUGAGAAUGUCCCAAUUUUCUCAGAAGGAAUAAGUGAUCAACGGCGAGUGAUCGUUGCACUUAGUAAUUGUACCAGUCAUGAUUUUUGUUGGCAUGGGACAGGUAUUAUAUGUACAACCCGCAGCUUGGUUUUUAUAAGCAAACCUCGAUUUUUUUAUGAUCUUGCCUGUCCCAUUAUCUCACAGUUCAAGCUGCUUAUGGUGUUGGACGUAAUAUCAAUAAAUUACGAUUUCUCUUGGGUAAUACCUCAGCUUGUACAUUUAAGAUAUGUUUCUGCAAGAAUUGACGUAGCUCAUUCACUAGCCAAAUUGAGGAAUCUACAGACCAUAAUUGUUCUAAGUCCUGAUGAGAGAGAGUUGAAGCUCCCACUAGAUAUCUGGAUAAUGUCAGAGAUAAGAUAUCUGCAUAUUGGAUGGAAUAUACAUCUACCCAGUCCUCUUGAGGCAGAAAGUCAUGGAGAACAUCCUUUGUUUCUUAGUAACUUACAAAAACUUGUUCUCCUUUCCUCUCCUUUUUUGGCGAAAAUCCUAAGAAGAACUCCCAAUCUAAUUAAGCUAAAGGUUAUGUCUUUGAACCCUGUUGACUGGCCUGCUGUUCUUGAUUCUAUCAUUCUAUUACAGAUGCUGGAGAGAGUAACUAUAUUAGCAAAACGUCACUUAGCCCCAAUGAUUCUAGCCAGAGAUUUUUUCCUACCUAAUCUCAAGCAUUUGAGAUUAUCUUCUACUCAUUUGGCAUGGGAAGAUAUGGUUGUGCUGGCUAAUUUACCUAAUCUUGAGGUGCUCAAAACACGUCGUGCAUUCAGGGGAACAGAUUUGAGACUACCUGAAGAUGUUGUGUUUCAAAAAUUAAAAAGUCUACAACUUGUGUGGGAACAUCUGGAAAGGUGGGAAGCAGGUAGUGAUAACUUUCCAAUGCUUGAGCAACUAUUGCUAGGUUGUUUGUAUCAGCUGAAGGAUAUUCCCCAGAGUAUUGGAGAAAUCAUGACACUAAAAAUAAUCCAAAUAGAAGAUUGCAGUCUUGCACUCGAGACUAGUGCAAGACAGAUUCAAGAAGAACAAGAAAGCUGGGGAAAUUCUGGGCUUCAAGUUCAAAUUAGUAUGUUAAAAUUCCAUCUUUGA